GCAUCCGUCGCACGCUGGAGUCUGGGGCCAGGCGAGAGUGUUUUGCUGGUCGUGGGGGGCGCGAGUGAGAGCGUUCUGGCGAGUCCGAACACCAACGAGCUUAGGCUGCAGAACCGGCGGGGAUUCGUGAAGAUUGCGCUGCAGGAGGGCUCCCCGCUGGUUCCCGUGUAUGCGUUUGGAGAGAACGACGUCUACGCAAUUCCCCGCGUCGCGACCUCCGCGUGGUGGAGGCGCGUGGAGAAGCUGUUUCGCAAGGCCACGACCUUUGGCUUUCCCCUGUUCCUUGGCCGCGGCUGGUUCAACUACAGCUUCGGCAUCCUGCCGCACCGCCGCCCGAUCACGGUGGUGGUUGGGGAGCCGCUGCUGGUGCCGAAGAUCCCCCAGCCAACGGCGGAGGACCUGCAGGAGUGGCACGACAAGUACGUCACGGCCCUCAAGCGACUCUUCGACGAGUACCGCGCCGUGUACGACGUGGAAUCCAGUGGCCUGCGUAUUCAUUAG